UGACCCAGGGGACACACCCCCAGCGAGGUGGCUUGUGCAUGGAUGCACACGUUGUCUUGCCAGGGCAGCUCAUCUGCAGUCCCUGCACACCUCUUCCUGCAGCCUAACACAGUGUGCUCUGGGGACCUUUCCAAGCUGCGGGUGUCGGGGCUCUGAAGUUAACAGGGUCUGUUCCUGGCUCUGUCACGGACCUGUUUAGUGACCUUGGGGAAGUCACAACCCCUCUCUCUGUAACACUGUCUUCAGUGACUCGAGAGCAUGAGCACCAGCCUCAGGCAGACUGGGUACAGAUUGUCCAUGUUUUGCACCAAAUCAUCCCCUCCUUCCAGAAGGAAGGAAAUGGCUGCAGUGGAGCUGGCUCAGGAGUUGGUGACCUUCGAGGAGGUGACUGUGCAUUUCACCACGGGGGAAUGGACACUGCUGGAUCCCACUCAGAGAGCCCUCUACAGGGAUGUCAUGCAGGAGAACUAUGAGAAUGUGACCUGGCUUGUGUUACCAGUUUCCAAACCUGAUGUGAUCUCACAACUGGAACGAGGGGAAGAGCCGUGGGUCCCAGACCUCUAUGGCUCAGAGAAAAAAGUGCUCCCGAGAGCUACCUGCACAGGGAGUGAUGUAUUUCUGGAUUCAGUCUCUCACUCACCAUCCUAACACCUGAUGGGAGACAAUGAGGAGACUCCCCAGCAGGAAGCUGCUGAGCAAGUAGAACCACAUGGGACAUUGUCAGGAAGACCCAAAGGGAAUGUUUCCAGGAGUUGUGCACUCCCAGAAAAAGUAAAAGCCUGUGGGAUUCAGCAGAGGCCGGAGGAAAACUUCAGUAGCCACUCAGACCUUAUCACACUCGACUGUGGGAAAAGCUUCAAUGGGAGCUCAGACCUUUUCACAUAUCAGAGAAUCCACAGAGGAGGGAGACCCUACAUGUGCUCUGAGUGUGGGAAAUGCUUCCAUUGGAGCUCACACCUUAUCUCACAUCAGACAAUCCACACGGGUGAGAAAGCUUAUGGAUGCACGGAGUGUGGGAAAUGCUUCAGUUGGAGAUAUGCCCUUAUCGCACAUCGGAGAAUCCACACAGGAGAGACGCCCUACACAUGCUCUGAGUGUGGGAAAAGCUUUAAUCGGCACUCACAGCUUAUCACACAUUGUAGAAUCCACACAGGAGAGAAACCCUACCCGUGCUCUGAGUGCGGGAAAUGCUUCAGUCGGACAUCAGCCCUUAUCACACAUCAUAGAAUCCACACAGGAGAAACGCCCUACACAUGCUCUGAAUGUGGGAAAAGCUUCAAUCAGAGUUCAAACCUUAUCUAACAUCGUAGAAUCCGUGCAGGAGAGACGCCAUACAUGUGCUCUGAGGGCGGGAAAAGCUUCAUACAGAGCUCUAGCCUGAGCAGACAUCAGAGAAUCCACACAGGAGAGAGCCCCUACACGUGCUCUGAGUGCAGGAAAACCUUCAUUGAGCGCUCAGACCUUGUCAGACAAUUUUAAAAUUCACAGUGGAGAGAGAUCGUACACAUGUUCUGCAUGUGGGAAAAGCUUCAAUCAGAGGUCAUUCCCUGUUAGACACCAGAAAAUCCAAAUGGGAGAGAACUGUAAGAAAUGCCUUGAUUAGAGCUGCCCAAAGAUUUGUUUUUAAAAAAAUCACAUUUGCUACUUCCAAUAUAGUGAUCUUUGCGCCAUCUUCACCGUGGUCUCUCAGCUCCCCCAGAUAAGUUUCCUGCUUCUGCCUUUUGCAGCUCACUCUUCUCUGUGAUCUUUUCUAUCAACUCCUUUCCUUUUGAGUCAAAGCAGUGUGUGUCCUUCCAGCCAGGAAUGUUCAUCAGCUCCAGGUGGGAGAGAGGUUUGAUCCCAGCAAGCUACACUGAGGCAAAAACUACCUGUGCCUUACGUUCACUAUGACUGUACAUGGUGUUGGCUGCUCAAGUUAGUGAUCUUGGUGUAAAAAGACAAUUACAGUUGUAGAGCAGAUGCAGCCCAGGUGCAGUGGUUGGCCUUAGCUUUCUCCUUGACCUGACCUAAACUCCAUCACUUUUCCUAAUCUAAACAAACCCUGAGCAUCACGGUUAUACUGUUCCCCGAUUUCAAAGCAGUUCUUAGUCAUGAAGUUUCCCCUUCGGGAAGAAAUUGUUUCAUUCCUAGUUGCUUUGAUGUUACUUCAGGUUGUGCUGAAGAGGAGAUAUUUUUAUUAACAUUUUCCUCACUUAAAAUAUAUUGAACUAUAACAAAGCUAUGGUGAUCUAUGGCCCAUGUGAACUAUUUUUAGAACAUUGGUCCCUAAGUGGCAUUAAUUACACUUCUAAAAGAUGCCAUGAGUAAAUUGGGAACAACUGUCUUUUACCAUUUGGAUCCAAAGUCAGAUGAAGCACAGAGAGAAACAGCUGAUUCCUUCAAAGCCAUUCCAUGCCUUUGGGUCCCAAUCUGGCUGCCUUGUUCGACAAGAAGCACUUCCCUGCUGGGCAAAUGACGGUAGCCAAUGAGAGAAUGUAUCAAAUUCCAAGUUCAGACUGCAGGAUACAUGAAUGCUCAGUCCUGACUCUGUGGUUUGGUUUUCCUGUUGAGUCUUGUGCAUUUGUAUCAUUUCUCUGCCUCCUCCUACUUUGAAAGAUUAGAAAGUGUGAAAAUAGAGCACAGGUAGUUUUUCUCAUGAUACAGUCUUCCCAUGUAGUGUGAGACCCCUUCCUCUACACUUCUGGGAGAAGACUCAGGGAUAAAUGAACUCACAGAAAUGGAAGGAUCCUAGAAUGUAGAAUGUGACUUCACACAAAGCUCACUGGGUGGAAAUGGGAAUUAAGAGAAAACUGCCCUAUCGGUUUAUAUUUUGUAAUCUUUGACUAAAUUGUUAGCAGCGACAAUGAAAUUAAACAUGAAGUUAACUAGUGUAAUGUAAGAGGCUGAUUCUGUGAUAACUUUCACUGUUACAAUAUGAUUCAGGUUUUCUUCUAGUUCUCUCCCUGCCCCCUCCUACUCUAUCGGAAAUGGUGGCUAAUCCUGAAAUUAAAAACUCACUCCAAAGGAGUUAGAGUGGGCGAAUAUGUGAGAGAAAUAGCAUGUAAGAGAAUAGAGACCCAGUAUAGACUGUAAUUAUUUUAUGACUAUUUCAAAUGGAAUCUAUUUUGAUAAAUUUUAAAAUAAAUCAUCUGUGAAGAAUAAAAUUA